UUCAAUACAAAAUUUUUGUCUCCGGUGCCGAUUCAGUAUUAUAAAUCAAUUUAAAUUGAGUUAAAUUUGGUUUAAUUCAAAAAGAUAGAAUCUAAUUGUAAAAGUUAAACUUUUGCCGUAGUUAAGACAAGACAAUAAUGUAAUUGAGUUGCACAUCCGAUUUUCGUUCUUUAAAUGAGGAGAUCCUUAUCAAAGGCAUCAUCCAAAAUAUAUUCGCGUCACAGAUAAUCAUUGUUGUUGUUCAAUGGACGGCCUCUCAUACAAUAAUAUUGACAUUAACGAGCGAGAAAAAAAAUAACAGGAAAACAUCAUAAUUUCCAAUAAUAAAUUAUUUUAAAAUAAAUUGAUAAUGUUUGGUACACAUCCAAUUAGUCUCUGUUUGUACAUCUCCACUCGCUGUUGUGCUAGACAAAAAUUUUACGAAUUAAAUCGCAGAAAAAGAGUUUUGACCAAAUUGGGUUCGGUGAUUUUAAAAGACUGUUGUAAUUUCCAAUCGUUUUCAUCUUUUACAACUAUGAGGGACUUUAGUAAUGGAACAGUUAAAAGCGGCAGUAUACCGGACCAAAAUGCUGAUAGUAAUAACAGCCGUGUGUGUAAUGGAAGAUUAAAGCGCGUCCAAAUGGCUCAAAUUAUCGAUGGUAAGCAAAUAGCCAACGACAUCCGAACGGAACUGAAAGGAAAAAUCGGCAAAUGGGUACAGGAGGGUCAUCGUCCGCCCCAAUUAACUGCUGUAUUGAUUGGGAGCGAUCCAGCCAGCUGUACCUAUGUCAGAAAUAAAAUGAAGGCUGCUCUAGAAGUCGGCAUCGACAGUAUUACGAAAAAUCUCCCGCCAGAGACUACCGAAGAGGAGUUACUGCAAGUAAUACAAGAUCUGAAUGAUGACAAUUCCGUUGACGGAAUUUUGGUUCAACUGCCCGUUCCAUCCCAUAUCAAUGAAAGACGCAUUUGCAAUUCUAUCAGCUGUGAAAAAGACGUCGAUGGCUUCAAUGAAAAAAAUGUUGGAAGACUGUGCCUCGACAUGAACACAUUAAUUCCAUGCACUCCAUUAGGCGUACAGGAACUGCUACGACGAGCCGGUAUCGAUACGUUCGGUAAAAAUGCUGUAGUCGUCGGACGUUCCAAGAACGUUGGAAUGCCCAUUGCAAUGUUACUGCAUGCUGACGGUCGCAAUGAUACGUGUGCAAUGGACGCAACCGUCACAAUAUGCCAUCGAUUCACGCCACCGGCUGAACUGAAAAAAUUCUGUAAAUUAGCGGACAUCAUUGUCACAGCCACUGGUGUUCCGGGAAUCAUCACUGCAGAUAUGGUGAAACCAGGCGCUUGUAUUAUAGACGUUGGCCUGACCCGGAUUGUGAACGAAGCAACAGGAAAGGCGAAAUUAGUCGGUGACGUUGACUUCGAAGCUGUACGAGAAGUUGCUGGACACAUAACACCAGUGCCUGGAGGUGUCGGACCGAUGACUGUGACAAUGUUGAUGAAGAACACUUACAUCGCCGCAAGGAAUUUAUCGAAAAUGAGAUCGGAACGGAAAUAGUAAUACGAAGAGCAAAGUGUUUGAUAAAUGAAUACAAAAAAAAAUUAUUUUGAAUGAAA